AUGACUAAAAAUAAUGUUACAAUGCCAAGUGGAAGUUUCGGAGAAGGUUUCAGACUGGAAGGAUCGGAUAUGGACUGGAUGAUGUGGUCGAAGCAGCACCGAGUGAUCUGGAAUUUAUCUCAAAUUCAUCAUCAGUAUCAUCACUCACAUGUUCCAACACAUAUUCUUGCUGACUGUUCUGAAAGUCCACCUGGAUACGCUUUACUUCAUUUACAUAUAUCAACAGCUGAUGAAGCUCUCAUUAAGGCCUGUAUCAGAUUGAAUGGCAAACGCUAUAUAUCCAGUUCUAUCCACAGACAGAGGCAACAUUUAGCAUAUGGAAUUGAUUCUAAAAUACACGGACCUUGCGUCAGCGUAAAUACGGGACUCCACGAAUUUGACGAUGCUCAUUGUUUUUUCAGUGACAUUUGGCCUCCUUCUGCAUCUUCAUGGGUGGAGAGGUGUCAAUUCUGGCCUCCAUCGCAUAUUGUAAAAAAUAUAGUCAAAGGAGGUUGUCACUUUGUAGCAAUAGGACACAAACAAGGAAAACAUGAGGACAGCGAAUGGAGAAUUUCCUUCUCUUUAGCCGAAAAAAAAUUUGUGUACUCUAUGAAUCACUGUCAGUUCUUAACUUAUGGUUUGUUGAAGAUUUUUCUUAAUGAGGUUAUCAAUAACACUCCUGAUGAAGACAAAUUACUGUGUUCCUAUCAUGUGAAGACAUCCGUGUUUUGGGCAAUUCAAAGCAAUACCAUCCCCUGUUUGUGUCCUCAAAAUUUUCUAGAGGGUUUCUGGAUCUGUUUUAAACUCAUCCUAAAAUGGGUCUAUGAAGGUUAUUGCCCAAACUUCUUUAUUCCAUAUAAUAACAUGUUUCUUACUAAAGUAUUUGGGACAAAACAGAAGAAAUUGUUCUUCAGACUACAUGCAUUGUAUGAAAAGGGAUUAACUUGUCUGCUAGAAAGUCCCACCAUAAAGUCAGACAUAUUGACCGUUCUCUAUAACCCCUAUCUCACUAUGUGUACAGAUGAAAACAUUCUGGUCUCUAAGGAUGAUUUUAUUAGGCAGAUGUUCGGUGAGAUGUUUGAAAAUGAUGCAAUGUAUCAUCCUAAUCUGUCAACCUGUGUGAAAGUCCUACACUUAGUAGAACAGUUCAUAGGAUCACCCUUGAAACAAUGUCAAGUUUUAAUGUUGCAAAAUAUAACAGUUCGUCUUCUUCAGAACACUGCUUUUAGAAGGAGAUAUUACGAAGCUUCAUCUGUUUUAAAACAGAUACAAGUAAAAAUAGCACAGCCAAAGCGGUACAGUAAGGCCGCUGGGGAAGAUGCCUGGGCCAUAAAAAUGAGAGAAUCGGUGGGAAAGUUUAUAGAUGAAGAUAGCAGAGACAUCUCAUGGCAAAUUCUUGGAAUAUGUCAGAAAAUCUCAGGAGACUACCAAGCUGCUUUGAAUUCAUUUCAACAAUCUCUCACAGUAGAUCCAUAUCACAAAAUUCAAACUGCUACAGAGAAAUUAGACUUUACAUUGGAGAAACAAGAUGGAGUCGAGCUGGCAGGAAUAUGUACCAAUAUUUUUCUUAAUGAGGUUAUCAAUAACACUCCUGAUGAAGACAAAUUACUGUGUUCCUAUCAUGUGAAGACAUCCGUGUUUUGGAUACAAGUAAAAAUAGCACAGCCAAAGCGGUACAGUAAGGCCGCUGGGGAAGAUUCCAGGGCCAUAGAAAUGAGAGAAUCGGUGGUCCUGAUCCACCAAUUCCAGGGAAAGUUUAUAGAUGAAGAUAGCAGAGACAUCUCAUGGCAAAUUCUUGGAAUAUGUCAGCAAAUCUCAGGAGAUUACCAAGCUGAUUUGUAUUCAUUUCAACAAUCUCUCACAGUAGACCCAUAUCACAGGAUUCAAACUGCUACAGAGUUACGGAUACAGGAUGCUAAAGCAUCAUAUAUACGGAUCCAACAGAAAAAUUAA